AUGCUAACCUUCUGCAACCGUCUUUCUAAGUCUUCCAUCCUAGCCUCUAACUUUCGUUGUUCCUCCAAGAGUCUAGCCAGCGGAUCUGGCUCUUUCGUCUGUACGGCAAAAACGGGAGCAGUGCAUCCCGAAGUUAGUUUCUUUUCUCGCACUUCCCGACAGUGGAACUCCUUUCCACUUAUUUGCUUCCCUGAUAACUAUAAUCUUCAAAAAUUUAAAUGCAACGUCAACCGCCAUCUUCUGUUGACAUCAUCUUUUCCGUUCAUCUUUUAUACUUUCUUCAAUCACCAUAUACCCUUUCUUUUCUCUUACUUUCUCUCUCUCUCUCUCUAUAACCUCCUGCGUACUAGUGACACACCCGACUUGCUUGGAAGAGGAAUACCACCAAUUAAAUUAAUAUCACAAAAUCACAACAACAGUAAUAUCAACGUCUUCAUAUUUGAAGAAUUCCUUUCUGACAAUGAAUGUGACAAUCUGCGUAGAGUACACGAUAUGCAUGUACACCUGAUGACCAAAGAAGACCCUAUACUUUGUUUUGAUAGUGUUAAAACGUUGCAGUUGCAUUUGAAGAGUGCUGGGAAAGAUUAUAUAGAAGUGUCACCGUUGGACUUUACAACAGAUACAAAAUGUGUGAACCAAACAUUUUCUUCUCUGUUGAAAAAAUGGCUGAAAGCAAAUUGGAGUUAUAGUACAGCAUUUUAUCCUGGUGAGAAUUACUUCUCAAAAAUGUACGAGCAAAGAGUAAAACAAGCCAUGGGUCUUCAUCCCGAGAAUGGUGGAAAGUUUCAAAUUAUUUCCUAUCCAAAAGGAAUCGGUUACAAGAAGCAUACGGACUGUAUUGAAAACAGCUCCGACAAGAGAGAUCGAAUGGCGACCGUGAUAGUUUAUUUGGACACAGUGGAAAAAGGCGGGGAAACGAGAUUCCCAGAAUUGGGAAUUUCGGUGAGGCCACGCAAAGGAAGGGCGCUGGUGUGGAAUAACAUGGAUCGGGACGGUAACUGUGAUUCAAUGUCUGCUCAUGUUGCUAACAGUGUUAGCAAUGGAAAAAAGUACAUUCUUCAGAGAUGGUAUUAUUACCAGAGUUUUUACUCCCUUGGAAAGCGCCCACCACCAACAGAAAAACCAAAAAAAAGACUGGUCAGUCAGGCCCGAGUGUCAUGUGAUGAAUAUACUCAUGGCAGUUGCCGAUGGGACGAUGAAUGGAAUCAUGAUCAUCUGAUACAAUACCAUGAAAAUAAAUUUAUCAAAAUCUAG